AUGACUUUUACACCCAUCGACCCGCCCCGGUGUGCCCAUUAUGCACGGUUUGCAUCCCACCUUGAGAGGUGGCAGUUCGAUCUGGUCUACUGGCCCCUCUUCAUCUUCAAUCUGUUCAUUCUCUUUGUGCGCUAUGGGUAUUCGAGGCAGCUCGAAAAGAAAGCACUGGUCGUGCGAUGCAUUCUCAUCACCUGCGGAUGCAUCUCUCUUUCCGUCGUCACGGUCGUCAUGGAGGUCUUUGCUCUGCUCGCUCUCCAGUUCUGCGAUGGCGAGGACCUCAUGUCUCUUUACUGGUCGACCUGGACCAUGAUCCAGGUUGGCUCGUUGAUCGCCGUGUGCGGCAUCGUCCUCGCGUUGAUGCACACCCUGCGAGAACGCAAGAACCCUCCCUGGGCGCUCGCGCUCGGUACGCCCGUCCUUGUCGUGGCAGGCCUGUUCAAUUUCAUGCAGUCGUGUAUCUCAAGGCGAAUCAGCGAGGCCAAGGACAAUUCCAAGGCCAAGAGCAUCAGAAAGAGCAGCAGGAGCGGAGACGUCGAAGACGGUACUCUCCCGAUGAGCCAGGUCAACACGCUUCAGGUCGACUCAGAUGAGGACUACAACUACGGUACUGAGGGAGCCGAGAUUAUCGGUCUCACCCUUGAGGGCGGACCCAUCAUCCACUUCAAGCAGGCCGUGCCCUACACGCUGCCCGACCAUACCCAAAUCCUCGGCCGCUGCCAAAACGACAAGCCCAUCGUCAUCUGCCGCAAGGACGGCUUCCAGCUCAUCUACAACGGAGAGCUGCAAAAGGGCCAGAAGCAGAACGAGUCGUCAUCGCAGGGCACUGCCAGCAAGCACGGUUGA